CCCUGUUCUAGUAAAGAUCUUCUUUGAAAUGCUUACCAUAAUCGAUUUAAACGACGACUGCCUUUUAAAUAUUUUAAAAUACCUAAGUCUCAGUGAUCAUGUGAAUCUAUCCAAAUCAAACUCUAGGUUUUUCGAAAUUAUUAUGGAUCAGUCCAAGGCUAUUUAUCCGACAUUUCAUACCAACAAACCUGUAUUAUAUUACACAAAAUCCGCAGUUCAGCUAUUCAGGGUUCUGAAUAAUAACGUCAGGACACUGGGUGUAAUACAAGGACAUUACCACGAUCAAGAGGAACUAGGAAAUGCAGUUCGAGACUUUCGAAUUCUCUCUGAAACCAGAAAUAAAAUUAAUUUCCGGAGUUGCUGGAAAGAAUUGCCUGGAAUCGAUGACAUGUUUCGAUUUUCCUCUCUUAGAAGUCGCGGCUAUUUGAGUGUUAAUAUCCCUUCGUGCCUUUGCUACAUGGAGGAGUUCUUCCGUCUUAUCCCCAACUUGCGGGAAUUAAGAGUUUCUGGUUUUGCCAAAUGCUCUGAAAGUGUUUCAGUAAUUGCCAGAUGCUUUCCCCAGCUGGAUAAUCUUUCCAUACGAGGAGCUAGCCUCAAAAAUCCCAGUGAUUUUGAGUUGAUUUCACAAAUCAAAAAUUUGACAAAACUUGCGUUGAACGUUGGCGGGCAAAAUUCCUUGGCACCACUAACUAAACUCACUGAACUACGAUCCCUGUAUCUGGAAAGUAUGCUGAGUUAUAUAUCUGCAAGGGAAAUUAUCGAAAUAAUUGAGAACUGCAGGAAGUUAGAAUUUCUGUACUGCUACUAUAUAGAUCAUGCUGAUCAGCCGCAUAGCUCCAUAGCGAAUAUCUUCAGGGCCAUCAAGUCAAGCCGAGAUCCCAGCACCCAAAAACCUUUGGAACUGUAUUCUUAUCUGGAUCCCCCACUGUCGGAUGAUAAUAAACAGCUCAUUGAUAAUGCAUACUUCGUAUAUCGUCGGCUGUAGACAAGAAAUACAAUAUAUAUAAACUCCCACUCCCUCCCCAUAGAUUAAUAAAACACACUCUUUAAAUGU